AUGUCCUGCCUAUUCAACAAUGACAGUUCCUUCAGCUCCAGGCAAAAGUUCCUUGACCUGCAGGAUGGCCCUGUGGGUCCCAGUGUGGGCUUGCCAAGCCCAUUGGAGUCACAGGUCAGCACACUGGCUGGCUCCACCCCUGACCGUCCAUCCAUAGCUGCCCCCAUCAAGACAACCAAGAACACUGUUAAUCUCCCUGGGGCAACAGGGGUUAAUUUUCUGUCUUUGGACACGGAGAACCUAUAUGGAUGGGGAGCUCUAACCCCCGACUUCAUCCAAUGCUUCAACACGCCCCACUGGGUGCUUUUCUUCUUGUCUGUGGCCUCAUUCCUCCAGGGCAUGAUAAUUAAUGGUUUCAUCAACACUGUCAUCACGUCCAUUGAAAGACGCUUUGACCUGCGCAGCUAUCAGGCUGGACUCAUUGCAAGCUCCUAUGACAUUGCUGCCUGCAUAUGCCUAACGUUUGUGAGCUAUUUUGGUGGCACAGGGCACAAGCCCCGCUGGCUGGGCUGGGGAGUUUUCAUAAUGGCUCUCGGCUCAGUUGUGUUUGCACUGCCACAUUUCAUCACGCCAGCUUAUCAGCCAAGAGUAUUGGAGCAUACUGGACUAUGCUCAGCCAAUCAGACAGAGGAGUGUGGGAAUAGCAAAGGAACUGCACUCUCAUUGUACCGCUACAUCUUCAUGCUGGGCCAGUUUCUGCAUGGUGUUGGUGCUACACCACUCUACACACUUGGUGUUACAUACCUGGAUGAGAAUGUCAAGUCCAAAUAUGCACCUGUCUACAUCGGUGUCUUCUACACGGCAGCUCUUAUAGGCCCAGCAGCUGGAUACCUGCUGGGUGGCUACUUCCUCAACAUAUACACAGAAAUUGGCCAAAUAACUCUGCUGACCCCAGAAAGCCCACUGUGGGUGGGGGCAUGGUGGCUUGGGUUCCUGGCAGGAGGAGCCGCUGCUCUCAUCACUGCUGUACCUAUUUUGGGCUAUCCUCGCCAACUACCAGGUUCUCAGCGCUUUAUAGCCAUGCGUGUGUCUGAGACUCAUCAGCUGAACGAUGGAAGUCAAGUGAUCGCCUCUGAUCCCCAGUUUGGCAAGACAGUAAAAGACAUGCCGAGGUCAGCGUUGCUCCUGCUAAAGAACCCUACGUUUAUUUUUCUAUGUCUAGCCGGUGCUACAGAGGCAACUUUAGUUGCUGGCAUGUCCACUUUUGGGCCCAAGUUCCUGGAGUCGCAGUUCAGUCUUAGUGCCUCUGAGGCAGCCACCUGGUUUGGCUACAUGGUGGUACCUGCUGGAGGGGGCGGCACCUUCCUAGGUGGUUACAUUGUGAAGAAGCUGAACCUCCGUUGCCGUGGCAUCAUCCGCUUCUGUAUGCUCUGUACCCUGGGGACCCUUGUGGCAGUCUUUAUCUUCCUCCUACAUUGCCCUAACGUGCCUAUGGCUGGAGUGACCACACCAUACCAGAGCAGCUCUCAAAACAUCAGCUCCGUUUAUACACAGAGCAGUUUUGGAGUAGGUAAGAAUUUGACUGGAGGCUGUAAUGCAGACUGUCACUGUGUGGAGGCGCUGUACAACCCAGUGUGUGGAGCUGAUGGUGUGAUGUACUACUCUGCCUGCCAUGCUGGCUGCAGUGCUGUCAACAACACACACAGGCACACCACAGGAAGACAGAUGUUCACAGACUGUAGCUGCAUUAUGGGUAAUUUAUCAAGAGGUGAGGAAGGCCUGGCCAUAGCAGGAAAGUGUAGCUCCUCCUGUAAUCACAUGCCAGCCUUCCUCAUAUUAUUCUUCAUCAUCAUCUUCUUCACCUUUCUGUGCAGUAUUCCUGCUCUCCUAGCUACACUGAGGUGUAUUCCUGACAGUCAGAGGUCAUUUGGACUGGGCAUUCAGUGGAUUCUGGUGCGAACAUUAGGUAGCAUCCCAGGUCCAAUAGCAUUUGGUUCAAUGACUGACAUCUCAUGUCUGCUGUGGCAAGAACAGUGUGGAGAACGUGGGUCCUGUUACCUUUACCAGAAUUCUGCCAUGAGCCGAUACACACUCAUUACUGGCGCCAUCUACAAGUUUUUGGGUGCUGUAUUCUUCAUAUUGGCAAGUGUGAUGUAUAAGCCUCCUCCAGAAUCUCCUCAGAAUAGCUGUGAGAACACAGAUUACAGUGCAACAGACAGACGCAUAGAGGAUGGAUACCUGGCACAGACCUCCCACCUGAGAUCAUAG